AUGAAUGGAGAGAUCCAGAGGCUAAGACAUACUCCUACUUAUGAACCUAAGUAUGAUUUAAACAGGGAUGACAGGCUUUUCAAAGGGAGUAAUUUUGCCCGGCAACUUGUCAGUCUGAGUUUGGAAUUUUUGAAAAGGGAGCUGGAAUUCCUAGGGGUAACACAAAUUCUGAUUGGUUUCAUGUGUUUUUGUUUUGGAACAAUUGUCUACUGCGUGUUCAAGAUUUCAGAAUUUGAGAAAGAUUUUUUUUCAUCAUUUAAAGCAGGCUAUCCAUUCUGGGGAGCAGUAAUUUUUGCUAUUUCUGGAUUUUUGUCAAUUAUGUCUGAAAAGAAAAAUGCAACAUAUCUGGUGCAAGGAAGCCUGGGAGCGAAUUUGAUCAGUGUCAUAGCUGCAGGAAUAGGAAUCUUUAUCCUGGCCACCAACCUAAAGAACAGCUUGGCUUAUAUCGAUAUUUGCCAGAAAGCUUAUGAAGAUGACUUCUGUAUAGCGGCCUUUUUUUCCACAGAACUUGUGGCAAUGAUCCUGUUUAUUACCAUUCUGGGGUUUGGGGCUGCUGUAUUACUCAUAGUCUACAGAAUUGGAGAACUAGUCAAAGAAAAUCAGAUUCCAGAAGAUCGUCUCUAUGAAGAAUUAAACAUAUAUUCACCAAUUUACAGUGAGUUGGAAGAUAGAGGGGAGACAUCUCCCACUGACUCAUAAGAAGCACAUUCAGAACAUUCUCAUCCAUAGGAAAGGAUACAGAAAGCCAAGAUCUUUGUUUAAGGGGAUACUGGCAAAAUUUCAGAUCUCUCAAUGAUCCGCCAAUUUUACAUUGUGAUUUAUUUUCUCCAUGGUAAUAUUCUGUUUCUGUACAUCUAAGUAUCCCCGUUGUCCAAUUUGUCAAUAUGAUUGAUUCCUGUUUUUCUUGUUUUCUUCACACUCAUCUCUUCUGGGAAAUCAAUAUGCAAUAAGCAUUUACUGUGUGCCUUUAACUGUGCUAAUAGGGAAAACAAGAGGAAGGCUGGUCAAGAAUUGAGUAAAAUUUUAACAGUUUUAUGUAGUUUUCAACCCUUUCUAGAAUUCACAGAAGUGAUGGGCAUGAUACACGUCGCCCACUAGGUUGUAAGCAACAUUCAGCAAACAUAUCCUGAGAACUAAUGAAGUGUUUUAAGUUUUCCACACUUGACUCUUUUACAUUGUGUAUCCCAAUAGUUCACCCAUAGUGGGUGCUGAGUGUAUAUUGAUGGAGUGGAUGGGUGUAGAUGCAGGGAAAAUAUCCCACCAGGCCAGGCCAGAGGUAGAGUAGAUAAGGAGAAAGAAAUGAUUCUGAAGUGAAUUUGGAGGCAAUAAGAAGACCAAAUUGGUACAUAUUAAGCAUAGACUUAGAAAGAUAGUCAGAAAUUUGAAUAGAAAUUCUGUAGUCAUGUCUUAAAUAUUUUGGUGGAUUCAUAUCAGGUUAACAAUGGAUGCUUCCUGCUUAUUUUGAUCUUAUUAUAUGGAGAAACAGUAUAGUAUGUUAGAAAGAUCAUUAAUCUUAUGAAAUGAAGGGAGUCUACAUUGGAAUCCCAGGCUGAUUGCUUACUAGUUGAGUGAGUUGUGGCAAAUAAUUUACUCAAUAUGGGUUUUCUCAUCUACAAAAUUAAGAUUAGGCGUAAUUUACCUGCCAGCACUAAAUGUCUGUUGUGGAAAUACACACAUACACAUAUGUGCUAUAAAUUUAAAAUGUCCUAAUAUAUAUUAUUAUAUAAAUUACCUAAUGUAUAUAUACAUCUAAGAAAUCUCCAAAUCUUACUAAUCUCCAAUGAUAUAAAACUUAAGUCUAUUUUAUCGUAAUUUCAAAAGCCUUACUCUCUGGUCCCACUUCAACUUUCUCUUUAAUAUGGUUUGUGCUUGACCACUGCACAUCAGCACCCUGACUUGAAAUGUUCUGCUCUCUCUUCUGUACUUACUUGAAUCCCUGCUUUCUUUAAUGCCUAUCAUAAAUCCCACCUCAUUUUUUAAGAUUUUCUAGCCAAGAUUGCUCCUCUGUCAAGAUGAUGACUUUUUCAAAUCAAACACACACACACACACACACACACACACACACACACACACCUUACACUAUAUAUAACUUUUCUAAAUGCAAAUAUUUUAUAUUUAUAAUACAUUUUUUUUAAGAUUCAAAGUUUCCUAAGAUCAGUAUAUUGUCUGAAUCAUCAGUGCAUUCAUGGACAAAAUACUCAAUAAUAUUUGCUGAUUGAUGAGUGGGCAGUGGAGAGUUGAAUGAAGUUAGUAUCUGAUGAGAUAAUAGGACAUAUCUAAGGAAGAAUUCAAAAUGAAAGACGAGUAAAUUAAUGAAGAUCUUAGCUAAAAUGAAAUAAGUGGGCAUGGAGAGAAAUGAUCAUAUCUAAAACAUGGAGAGAAAUACUAAUCAGUCUUCUUUUUAAUAAGUUGAAUAAAAGGAUAAAUUUAGACAAGCAAUUGGGAGUAAUGCGUUAAGUGUUUGAUUAUAAGAUCAAAGGCGAACACCUGGGAUUGUUGAAGGAAAUGACUGGGAGUCAGAAAUAUGCAUUAAUGGGAAGGAGUCCAGUUAGGCCUAAAUUAAGCUUCGUUUUAGAUGGUCAUUUUUAGGAGACCAAAAGAAAUGCAACUAGAAAGGGUCUGACAGCAUCCACUACAGAGCGCUGGUAGAGAGGAAAUAUGCUGAUGGAGAUUUCUGUCAUAUGAGAGCUCAUUAUUUGGUGAAGCAGAUUAACACUCUAAGAUAAUUAUUUUGAGAUAAAAGCGAAGCCAAGUUAACCUUCACAUGCCUAUAACCGGGGGAAAGUGGAAGGAAAAAUAUAUGUAGGGUGGAAGAUAGUUCAGAAAAGUGCAUUGUGAAACAGUAGAUAGUGGAUAGCCCAAAGUGGAAAGUGAUUAGACAAAGAA